CUUCUUCACUCUCUUCUCUGCAUGAUCUUCUCUAAAACCCUAAUAACCAGAUUGACUCUUCUCCUUUCGUUACUACUUUCCUUUGCAUCUGCUUUUUAAACCCUAGAUUCCCAAAUCGCGGCGCUAAGCUUCGAUUAAAACCCUAAAAAUUCAUCUCUAUUGAAAAUGCUAGAUCUCACUGAGAAGGUCUUGGUUGAUUCAGAAACCAUGAAUACAAGAGCUGAAGAAUUGAUGGAACAGAACAACAACAAGACUUUUGCUGAUUGUGGUACAAGCAAACCCCAUCAUUGGCGUUGGCGUGGUAGUCCUAAGCUGAGAUUUCUAGGGUUUCUCUUCAAGUUUUGCAAAUAUCUCUGGAGAGCAGCUAUGAGUUUAUUCGAUGGCCUUUCUUCAAAAGAUCAUUCUAUAAAGCUUGAAUCCGCUACCAAGAUCAACAGGUUUCUUCUAUCACAGGCAAUGCAAGGAAACAGGAUUCUUAAUAUCGAAGAUCUGAUACGAUCUGGAGUUGUAGCUCGUUUCGCUUACCUUCUUCACUAUGAAGACUACCCUAAGCUUCAAUGUGAAGCAGCUCGCGGUCUAGCAAUCUUUGCUGCUUAUAUACCGGAUGUGGUAGUUGAUCACAAUGUUGUUCCAAUCUUAGUCACGCUUGUUGCUUAUCCUAGAGAUUAUUAUGUCCGUCAACAGGCUAUAUGGGCACUGGGUAGUGUUGCUUAUCAUCGAAGACACCGUGACUACGUUCUUAAAUGUGGGGCAUUGAGGCCACUGCUGAGUCAGCUGUACAAGGAUACUAACUUGUCGAUGCUCAGAAUUGCCACUUGGACUUUGUCUAACUUGUGUCAUGGCAUGCCUCCGCCUACCUUUGACGAGGUGAAACCUGCACUUGAAAUACAUCUUAAUUCAAGUGAUGAAGAAGUCUUGAGAUAUGUUUGCUGCGCAAUUGCGUUUCUGUGUGAUGGUUCAGAAGAUGGAAUCCAAAGUGUGAUUGAAGCUGGUUUUGUCCCAAAACUAGUUAAAAUUCUCCGACACCCUUCCAAGUAUGUACUUGGUCCUGUACUUCAUACAAUUGGGACUAUAGUUACUGGAAAUAAUCACCAGAGCCAAUCGGUUAUUGAUGCAAAUUUGAUUCCACCGUUGGUCAAUCUGGCUCAAAAUGCUGAAUUUGAGAUAAAGAAAGAAGCUGUAUGCGCAAUUUCAAAUGCCACCGUGGGUGGUUCUCCUAAUCAAAUCAAAUACUUGGUGGAGAAGGGUUGCACAAAACCUCUAUGUGAUCUCCUGGUAUGUCCAGAUGUGAUGAUCAUCUCAGUGUGUCUGGAUGGGUUGGAAAACAUUUUGAAGGCCAGAGAGGCGGAAAAGAACACAGGAGACGUGAACUAUUAUUGCCAACUGAUUGAAGAUGCGAAAGGAGUGGAAAAGAUUGAGAACCUGCUAAAACACGAGAGCAAUGAGAUCUACCAUAAGGCUUUGAAGAUUCUGGAGACAUACUGGGAUGUAGAAGAAGAUGAUGAGGAGAUACAACAACCUCCAAGAUUCUUUGGUUCUGCCUGCCUCGGAAAUGAGAAUUUUGCUGGUGUUGAUUCUCUUCGGCUGUCUACAAAGAACAAGAAUGGGAUCAAGCAUCUGGAUGUUCCGGUUUUCGUUGAACCCGUAAAUGAUCCACCGUUUAUUAAUGUUCCUCAAUAUAUAAUGCUGGAGAGUAAUGGGAGUGAGUCACUUAUCUUUCACCCGGAAAGAGACAAGUUCAACUUUUCAGUUGGAGAUCCAGAUCUUGUUAAUUUCCCUGGAGAGAAUGGUGCGAUUUUGACUUUGAAACUGAGUGACAUGGGGAGUUACGGGUGCUUCCUCGACUACGCUGAAAGAAUUUCAUUGCCUCUUCAUGCAGAAGCUCGAGUAAAACUCAUUAGGAAGAGGCCCUUGAGUUCCCUUGGACCCCACGUUAUAGGAUCUGUGAUUGUGGUGGAUUCUCUUGUGGUCUUCUCUCUCGCUACUCUGAUUCUGUUCUUCACUUGCAAAUGCGCAUUUCUACUAGUACACGAGAGAAGAAGUGAACAUUAUGCCCACAAGAAUUUGCAGAAACCAACGGUAAUUCUCACUUCUGGUAUAGACACAUAUGUGGAAUUUUCAGCAAGCAGAAUAAGACAAGCCUCAAAGGUUGAUGAAUCUGAAGAAUCUCAUGGAAGAAAACCAUGGAUUGCUUAGGCACAUGCAUAUGCUUUUUUGGUCAUGCUUCUGUUGUAAAUGCUCAUUGAUUACCUUUUUGGUUAUCUACCAAAAUUUAAUGCAGAUAAGAUCAGCCAUAGAUUAAAGAAUAUUUCCUUUC